AAUGCCAAUCUAUAAUGAAGUUUGGGAGGAAGAAGGUAUCAUAUCAAAUUUAAUAAUAGAUUUUAUGUUUAGAAAUAUGAUUAAUCUAUAAACAUUAACAAAGAAUCAUGUAAAGUUGUUGGAUAAUCUCAAAUUUGAGUUUGUUGAAUAUAAAGUAAUAUUAUAUUUACUAUUACAGGCUAAUCAAUUAUUAGCUUGCCAUCUUUAUGAUAGAAUGGCUUAACAUUGCAAGAAUCAAUUUGGUCUCUUUGAAGAUUCUUAUGUGCCAGAAUGCUUAGAUGCUAGAAAUUAUUUUUAAUUAUGUGUAAGAAUGAAUGCUUCAUAUGGUUUGGCAAAAAAGUAUUUUCCAGAGUAAUUAUAUCAGAAUAUAUUAGAUAUUUCUUAACCAAUGAAUACUCAAGACCAAAUCCAAAUUUUAAAGAAUUAGGACUUUGAUUC